UUGUGCACCCCAGUAUACCCAAUCACUGCCGAAAGGUGUAGCCGUCUUCCAAUCAAAUCUUCAUUUUCGUCUUCAUCUUAAUCGGCAUCAUUGUGAUCCAAUUGUACUUACAGCAAAAGCGCCGCUUUCACCAUUGUUGUCUGUUUCCUGUUGUCGAUCCCAAGGCGUCUAAUCUAAAGUCUCCAACAAGAAGAAGGCUCACAAAGAAAAAAGAGGUCAAGAGAGAGACAGAUGGAGAUGCAACAUUUCAUCCAUGAAUGUCCCUUGACAUUGACACCAUCUGAUAAGUACUACAGUGAUGAUGAUUAUCGGUGUGAAUUGUGUCGUGGAAGAAUAUUUGAGGCCUCAGUCUAUGUUUGCUUCAAAUGUGACAUCGUCUUGCACAAAUCAUGCGCUGAAUUGCCACGAGAGAUCAAUCAUCUCUUCCAUCCUCAACACCCUCUAACCCUCAUUGCUAGGCCACCUGGUAAACAUUUCAAAUGCGAUGUCUGUGGUUGCCCUUUCUGGAAUGCCAAAUAUCAUUGUUCCCAAUGUGAUUUUGAAUUGGAUCCUGCGUGUGCUUCGCUAAUGCCCAUUGCAAACCACGAUGAUAAUAAUAGUCACACCAGUCCUCAUGUCCACCCACAUCCUUUCAUACCUUGCUUCACAGAAAAAAAAUUUGCUUAUUGCUCAGGGUGUUCAAAGUUCAUUGAGGACACAAUAUACGUUUGCCUUCAAUGCAAAUUCGUGCUACAUGAAGCCUGUACUAAAUUUCCAUAUAAGAUCCGACACAUUUUUCAUCCGCAACACCCUCUUGUUCUCACCAAGGCAGGUACCGCCUAUGAGAUUGGGUCUUUAGAAUUAUGUACGGCAUGUAGGGCUGAUUUUAAUGGCUUCACCUACCACUGUGCCGAGUGCAAAUUCAGUUUGGACAUGAAUUGUGUUUCGCUUAGGCCCAUCGUGAAGUUUAAACUUCAUCAGCACCCACUAGCUUUCUUCAAGGAUAAUGAAAAGGGUAAUAAAUUUGGUUGUGCUUGUUGUGGAUGCAACAAAUGCAACCAUUUUUUUCGUUGUGUCGAGUGCGACUUCAACUUCCAUCUCCAUUGUGUUCCAACGCUGCCACUUACCAGGAAGCAUCAAUGUCACAGGCAUUCCCUCACCCUUACAAAGUCUCCAAUUAGAGAUUCGCCAGAAGAAGACGAGAACUCAGAGUUUUAUUGCGACGUCUGUGAGACACCACGGUACCUACCAAAUCCAACUUAUUACUGCGCCGAGUGCCACUUUGUUGCACAUGUUAGUUGCAUGAUCUAUGAGGAUGACCUACCUGGACUAGGGGAAGAGCCAUGCUUGGUGGUUGAAUUGGAAAGAGAGAUAGAGAUAGAGGACGGUGAAGAGAGUGAUAGCGAAGAUUCAACACUCGCUAAAUUAAAUAAAGAGAUGGAGGCAAUCACUGCAAAACUAGAGAUACUGAAGCAGGAACGGGCUCGGCACAUCUCAUCUCAAGCUCAACUGAGAAGUGCUCGAUUGAGGCUUCUACAUCGGAGUACUGUGUAGCUAGUGUGAGUCUCCCCGGGCAUGUUGGCUCUUCUUCACUCAACUAUUGGACUUUUUAGAUAAGGCCCUCCAUACAUAUUCACAAAAAAAAUAAAAUAAUAAAACAAAUAAAUAAAUUAUGGAUAAAAUGUAUGUACAUUCUUUUUAUUUGUAUUACUUGCACAAAGUUGACUCGAAUGUAUAAUUAUUAAAAUUACUUACAUAUAUGAAGAGAUCAUUAAAAAUGAUAAAA